AUGGCAUCUUUGGAAUCCGUCACCCAAUCGCUCUCGGCGCUCUCGAUAAAACCGUCCGCAUCCGUGUCGCAUGUUGAGGCGACGUCCCCGGCUGCGUGGAGAGAGGCCUUGCAGAAGUCGGCCGACGCCCCACAAUCUUUUGAGCUGAUCAAGACGCUCAUCUUCAAACCCAAGACGGCCAAGUCCGCUACCCCGGUUCCUCUGGUCGUCAUCGCGAGGGAGGAGACCGAGACCAAUUCCGGCGCCUUGGGCAAGAAACUUAGUCUGAAAGAGCUGCGUUUGGCGAGCGAGGAUCUCCUUCAAGAAUUCUUCUCCCUCGACAAAAACUCCAUCUCCCCUCUAUCCCUCGACGAAAACACCUUCCCCCGCGUUGUCACUGUGCUCGAUGCCUCCCUCGCCUCCUCCUCAUCUUUGUUCGCUGUCCACGCCCAGUCCUCAUCACAGACGAUCUUCCUAUCCGGCCAAGACAUUGCGUCCUACCUGAAGCAUCUCGAGAAAGAAGAGCUUAAAUUGCACAUCGUUGACUUCGAAGCGCUUAAAGCUGAGACGGGUGUGGCUGCUCCGGCUGCAGCCAAGCCCGCUGCAGCGCAAAAGGAGAAGGAGGACGCGAAGAUAGAGGGCGCGGUACAAGUGGCCAUCGGCGUCAAGAAAGAGGUUGAUUUCCCGGCAUGGUAUACGAAUGUCCUACUCAAAGCCGAUAUGCUGGAUUACUACUCCGUGUCCGGAUGCUACAUCCUCAAGCCGUGGUCUUACAGCAUUUGGGAGAUUAUCCAAGAGUGGUUCAACUCGAAGAUUAAGGAGAUGGACGUGGAGAACGCGUACUUCCCCAUGUUUGUCUCCCAGCGCGUACUCGAACGCGAAAAGGACCACAUCGAGGGUUUCAGCCCGGAGGUCGCCUGGGUGACAAGAGCUGGCCAGUCGGAAUUGGAAGAACCUAUAGCCAUCCGCCCGACGUCCGAGACCGCAAUGUACCCUUACUAUGCGAAAUGGAUUAAGAGUCACCGCGAUCUCCCCUUGAAGCUCAACCAAUGGAACAGCGUCGUCCGCUGGGAGUUCAAGUCUCCUCAGCCCUUCCUCCGCACGCGCGAGUUUCUCUGGCAAGAAGGUCACACCGCUCACCUCACCAAGCCCGAGGCCGACAAAGAGGUGCUCGAAAUCCUCGAUCUCUACCGGCGCGUGUACGAGGAGCUCCUAGCGGUGCCCGUCAUCCCUGGAGUCAAGUCCGAGAAGGAGAAGUUCGCCGGAGGUUUGUACACGACCACUUGCGAGGGCUUCGUGCCCGUCUCUGGACGCGGCAUUCAGGGUGCGACGUCGCAUUGUCUCGGCCAGAACUUCUCGCGCCCGGAGAUGUUCAAUAUCUUCGUCGAGGAUCCGGCAGACCCGGAGGGUAAGCGCAAGACGUACGUCUGGCAGAAUUCGUGGGGUCUCAGCACGCGCACGAUCGGCGUGAUGGUGAUGGUGCACGGAGACAACCAGGGUCUGGUGCUCCCGCCACGGGUAGCGAGCGUACAGGCGGUGGUGGUACCGGUGGGUAUCACAGCGAAGUUCACGGACGAGCAAAGGGCGGAGAUCAACAACGCGUGCGAUGCUUUGGCGAAAAAGCUGAAGCAGGUCGGCAUCAAGGCGAAGGCGGACCUCAGAGAAGGGUACACCCCGGGAUGGAAGUUCAACGAGUGGGAGCAGAAGGGUGUGCCACUCCGGCUCGAGAUCGGUCCUCAGGAUCUCAAAAAGAACUCGACCCUCUCGGUCCGCCGCGACACGGGCGUCAAGACCCCUCUGCCGCUCGACAACAUCACGGAAUCGGUCCCGAAGCUCCUCGAGACAAUCCAGAGUGAUAUGUUCAGCCGGGCACGGGAUACAUAUCACUCGCGGAUCAAGGAGGUCACCAAGUGGGAAGAUGUUGUUCCCGCGCUCGACGAUAAGUGCGUCGUGGUGAUUCCGUGGUGCGAGGAAGAGGCGUGCGAGGACGACAUCAAAGAGCGGAGCGGACGUGCUGCCGAGCCAGUGGACGAGCGCGCCCCCUCUGCAGGAGCCAAGUCACUCUGCAUUCCCUUCGACCAAUCCAAGUGGACCCCGAUCAAGCCCGGCGAGACGAAGUGCACGGCGUGCGGUAAGGAUGCAAAGCGGUGGACCAUGUUUGGAAGGUCCUACUAG